CUAGAAUUUACUUUUUUUUUUAAAUAAAUGCGAUUAAAUACAGAACGGAACCGUUAUGAAAAUGCCAUUUAAAACAAUUUGUCAACGGCAACGAAAACCCAAAGAACUGGACAGAGAAAUCCACAAAGAAAAACGGGCAAAGGAAACCGAAAAUGUGAAAAUGAAAAUAAUAAUGAAAGAAUGAAUUAUGAACUUAUACGCGCCAGACCCGAAGGACCUUGCCAACUGAAUAUUGCACUACCAACCCACUUCCUGGCCCACCCCCAACCAACCCCCAUCCUCCAUUUUGUGGGACGUGAGAGGAAAGCAAAAAUGGCGUGGCACAAAAAUGAUUGUGUAUGUUAAGUUUGGCACGCGCCACGCCUACAAUAAACCGCAAAAGUCAAAAGGAGCGUCCGGAUGGAGGAUAUAAAGAUGGAGGGAGAUAGAGUGCCCAGAAAAGUAUGCAACAUAUUUCACAGUUCGAGGCAGAUGGCAAUGGAAAAGGACAAAACAGACCCAAGGGAAAGCCCCACUGUCGCCACACGCCCACUCGCCCACACUCAAAAGCGUGACUGUUACUUGCAGCAUCCCAGAGCACCCCACGACCCCCAUCCGGUCAUCCCCGUAACCCCACCCCUUUUCCGAAAUCACCCCUUCCAUUCGAAGCAAAAUUUUUGAAUUAUGUGCGCUCUGGGCGUAAGUUAUACUUAACUACAUGC